GGCUUGUUUCUAAACCCACUCGGCUCUCAGACUUCAAGCUUCAUUAAUGUCAUCCCAGGUCACCGAGCGGCCUCGAAGGUUACUGCCGAUCCCCUCAUUGCUCGCCACCAUGAUCCUGUACCUGCUCGUCCCCGCUCUUAUCCUCGCAGGAGGUAAUGUGGACUCACAAACAGCCAACAGGACGGAGGAAGAGCUGAGCAAAGUAGAGGGGAACCAAACACUCAGAGAGUCCCCCGCUAACAGUGCAAUGAAACCGGACAACGUGACAUCCAGUUUGUACAAAGAUGAAAAAAGUCUAAUUGAGGAUGAAUUGCAAAACAACCAAACGUCUAACGUUAUCACAGAGGAUGAUGAGAGUUUUCAGGACCAGGAAAAUGAGUUUGCAGGCCAACUUUGCAAAGUGGACCUGCUGAAAGAGUACAGCUACAUCUAUUGUGGUAACGAAUUUAACUCUGAAAUGAUGUCAAUCAGCACAGACAACUGGUGUGUGCUGGGAGAUGUAAUCAGACCAUACAACAACAUGACGGUAUGCCUUGAGAGGCUGUCUAAUAUGGUCGGCUGUUAUUACCCAAAUCCCACCAUUCAGGACUUCUUCCUCUACAUCCACUCUAACUACUUCGUCAACUGCUCGAAGGAGGACGUUCUGCUUGAGGAUGCACCUCAAGGGAUGGUGAUCGCCCUCACUCUCAUCCCUGUCAGCCUCAUCCCCUUACUGGUAUAUAUGGUGGUUUGGAAAAGUAAUGUCCAAGAGUGAGUCGUGUUACACCUGCAGUAAGCCUCAGCUCACAGUACAGGUUAUAUAUAUAUAUAUGUGAGAAUAUGCUUCAGACGUUGCUGUUUAUAUUGAAUAAUAAUCCAGUCUGGUUGGAAAUUAAAAGGAGGGUUAGUUAUGAAUGACAUACAUCUAAAUGUUGAGGAACUAAAUCUCAAUUAAAAAUGUAAACAUUUUCCAUUUUGUGAUGAAUGGCUGUCAUUCCAUAUUGUACCAGAGGGUGUCAGUAGUGGGUUAACGAAAGACCGGAAACACAGUUUAGUAGACAUGCUAAAACUUGUGUGGUGGUGGUUAACCUGCUAAAAUGAGAAAUAAAACGCUUUUUGGGUAACAUGCUUUUCAGCUUUCUGAGUUGGAUGAGAAGAUUAAUACCAAGCUCAUGUUUGUCUGUUAAAUAUGAAUCUGAAACACAGUCCUUCCCCGAAAAACUCUCAGAUCGGUUGUUUUUUAAGCAGCAAUUACCACUCAUAUUCAUGUUUAGUGGCGGCGCCCUCUAGUGGCUGUAGUAGUUACC